GGCAGCCGCAGCAACAGGUGGGGCCGGGGCUGAUCGCGGCCGAGCCGCCGCGCACCGCAGCCGCAGCCGCAGCCGCAGCCGGAGCCGGAGCCGCAGUCGGAGCCGCAGCCGAGCCGGAGCGGAGCCGCCCCCGGCCGAGCGGCAAUGGGAGAGGCUUUGCAGGAGCGCAGAGGAGCUGCCCUGCUGCCCGGGAGCUGCUGCAGCCACCAGGGAGUUGCCAGCAGCCAUGCCGAGCUGGCUGGGUGCAAGAUGACCCUGACGACAAUGCCAGCAGCCAGCGUCGUCCAGGCUUUCUUUUGCCUCCUGCUCUGCGUCCCCUGGGGCAGCUCCUGCCCUCCGAGCUGCCAGUGCACGGAGCGGGCAGGGGCAAAGGCCGUCCUCUGCAGCUCCCGGCACUUAGAGGAGAUCCCCAAGGACAUCCCCAAAGACGCGGUGUUCCUCAAGCUGGAUGCCAACAGCAUCACCAGGAUCCCCAGCAAUGCUUUCAGGCACCUCUCCCACCUGGAGGAACUCGAUCUCUCCAGGAAUGCCAUUGAGAAGAUUGACAGGGCGGCUUUCAAAGGGGUGGCUGCCGGGCUGCGUACCCUCGACCUCUCCAGCAACCGCAUCCGCAGCAUCCCCAAGGAGGCCUUGCUGGCGCUCAAUGCCAAGCUCCGGCUGGCCAACAACCCCUGGCACUGCGAGUGUGCCUUGCAGGAGGUGUUGUGGGAGGCACGGCUGGACCCCGACUCUGUCCAGGACAUCACCUGCCACACAGCCCCACGGGAGGAGUACGUGGGCAAGCCGCUGCUCCAGGUCCUGGAUGCCGGUGUCAACUUCUGCAGUGUGCGUCAGAGGACCACGGAUGUGGCCAUGUUCAUCACCAUGUUUGGCUGGUUUGCCAUGGUCAUUGUCUAUGUGAUCUGCUAUGUCCGGCACAAUCGAGAGGACACCUGCAAGCACGUGGAUUACCUGAAGUCACUGCCGAGUGCCCCGAGCCAUGCAGAGACCACCAGCACUGCCCUGUAGUGCAGGAUUGGGGCGCCUUGUUCCCAGCUUCUUUGCAGGGAGCCAGUGGCAACCUGGUGGCCUUCAAAGCUGCUCUAUGGGAUUUUCCAGUGCUUGUUCCAGUCCUGCAAAUGAGUGCCACCGACUUUGCCCCUCCCUAGUGAUGCUGGACUGAGCGUGAGCAAACCACGUGGGGGAGGGAUGCUGGGGACACCCCACGCAGACCUGUCAAUGGAACCCAGGUUCCUGGGGAGGAACCCCCUGCUGAGACCCCUUCUCCCCUUCUAGAGCUGGGCUUGCAGGGGAAGCAGCCCCAGCCACAUGGUCGUGGUCUAUGUGGUUUGGAAAGAGCAAGCUCCUGGGGGGAGACAGAUGACGGUGGAGGCUUUUGUGGGGCCAGAAGGUCCCUGGACCCUGGGGUGCAGAGGGAUGGGUCUCUCUGUGCAGCAGGGUCACCCCAUCCUAGCUCCAGUGAGGGACCAGCCUCGCAGGGAGCAGGACAUCAGCCCCAGCCCCCGCACAGCAUCUCAGCACCCUCUGCUUGCAGCCAGCAAUCCGGGGCUGAUCUCCCAAACUUUGGAUUCCUCAAUAAAGCCCCGCACAUA